CCCUUUCGCUGAUUGCUGUGGCUGCGCGCCCGACCCCGCCCGCGCGUGUGCGCGGCCGAGUUAGGGCGCCGCACGGGCCUGAUGGGGGUGAUCCAGGCUUUCGGGGACGCCGAGCGCCACUUUCCUCCUCCCUGGCAGUGAGAGAGAGAGAGAGGUGGAGAGGGAGAAGCGGGCUGCUGUCCUUCCAGGCCACUUUCGCUGCGCGAUUCCGCGAGCUCCCGGCAGGAGGUGAAAGUCCCCGGCGGGGUCCGGAUGGCGCAGUUGAACUGCGGCUGCUGAGCUCGCGGCCGCCUGCGCGCGCUGGGCGCGGGGACUCGUCUGGGCUACUCCCCCACCUCGCGUUGGACGACCGGUCCUGGACACACCGCUUGCGAGGCAAGUUGAACAUUGCAGAGAAGGAUCUUAAGGCUACACCCGACUUGCCACACUUGCCAUCCAGCUGAAGAACCAAAGGCUGUUGGAGAGAUGGCAGUGACAUCCCACCACAUGGUCCCUGUGUUUGUCCUGAUGAGCGCCUGCCUGGCCACCGCAGGUCCAGAGCCCAGCACCCGGUGUGAACUGUCACCGAUCAGUGCCUCUCAUCCAGUCCAGGCCCUGAUGGAGAGCUUCACCGUUCUGUCUGGCUGUGCCAGCAGAGGCACCACUGGGCUGCCAAGGGAGGUUCACAUCCUAAACCUCCGCAGUACAGACCAAGGACUAGGCCAGCCGCAGAGAGAGGUUACCCUGCAUCUGAACCCCAUUGCCUCCGUGCACACUCACCACAAGCCUGUUGUGUUCCUGCUCAACUCCCCACAGCCCCUGGUGUGGCAUGUGAAGACAGAGAGACUGGCUGCUGGUGUCCCCAGACUCUUCCUGGUUUCGGAGGGUUCUGUGGUCCAGUUUUCAUCAGGAAACUUCUCCUUGACAGCAGAAACAGAGGAAAGGAGUUUCCCUCAAGAAAAUGAGCAUCUGCUACACUGGGCCCAAAAGGAAUAUGGAGCAGUGACUUCAUUCACCGAACUUAAGAUAGCAAGAAAUAUCUAUAUUAAAGUGGGAGAAGAUCAAGUGUUCCCUCCCACGUGUAACAUAGGGAAAAAUUUUCUCUCGCUCAAUUACCUUGCGGAGUACCUUCAACCCAAAGCCGCCGAAGGUUGUGUCCUGGCCAGUCAGCCCCACGAGAAGGAAGUGCAUAUCAUUGAGUUAAUCUCCCCCAACUCCAAUCCUUACAGCACCUUCCAGGUGGAUAUAAUAAUUGACAUACGACCUGCUCGAGAGGAUCCUGAGGUGGUCAAAAACCUCGUCCUGAUCUUGAAGUGCAAAAAAUCUGUCAACUGGGUGAUCAAGUCUUUUGACGUCAAGGGAAACUUGAAAGUUAUUGCUCCUGACAGUAUUGGCUUUGGAAAAGAGAGUGAACGAUCCAUGACAGUGACCAAAUUGGUAAGAAAUGACAUCCCUUCCACCCAAGAGAAUCUGAUGAAGUGGGCAUUGGACAAUGGCUACAGCCCAGUGACGUCAUACACCAUAGCUCCUGUGGCCAAUAGAUUUCAUCUUCGGCUUGAGAACAACGAGGAGAUGAGAGAUGAGGAAGUCCACACCAUUCCUCCUGAGCUUCGGAUCCUGCUGGGCCCUGACCACCUGCCUGCCCUGGACAGCCCAUCCUUCCAAGGGGAAAUCCCAAAUGGAGGUUUCCCCUUCCCAUUCCCGGAUAUCCCCAGGAGAGGCUGGAAGGAGGGAGAAGAUAGGAUCCCCCGGCCAAAGGAACCCAUCAUUCCCAGAGUUCAAUUGCUUCCAGACCACAGAGAGCCAGAAGAAGUGCAAGGGGGCGUGAAUAUCGCCCUGUCAGUCAAAUGUGACAAUGAAAAGAUGGUGGUAGCUGUAGACAAAGAUUCUUUCCAGACCAAUGGCUACUCGGGGAUGGAGCUCACCCUGUUGGAUCCUUCCUGCAAAGCCAAGAUGAAUGGUACCCACUUUGUACUGGAGUCUCCGCUGAAUGGCUGUGGUACUAGACAUAGGAGGUCAGCCCCAGAUGGUGUGGUUUACUAUAACUCUAUUGUGGUGCAGGCUCCAUCCCCUGGGGAUAGCAGUGGCUGGCCAGACGGCUACGAAGAUUUGGAGUCGGGUGAUAAUGGAUUUCCUGGAGACACAGAUGAAGGAGAAACUGCCCCCCUGAGCCGUGCUGGAGUGGUAGUGUUUAACUGCAGCUUGCGGCAGCUGAGGAGUCCCAGUGGCUUCCAGGACCAGCUCGAUGGAAAUGCUACCUUCAACAUGGAGCUGUAUAACACAGACCUCUUUCUGGUGCCCUCCCCAGGGGUCUUCUCUGUGGCAGAGAAUGAGCAUGUAUAUGUUGAGGUGUCUGUCACUAAGGCUGACCAAGAUCUGGGAUUUGCCAUCCAAACCUGCUUUAUCUCUCCAUACUCAAACCCAGACAGAAUGUCUGAUUACACCAUCAUCGAGAACAUCUGUCCGAAGGAUGACUCUGUGAAGUUCUACAGCUCCAAGAGAGUGCACUUCCCCAUCCCACAUGCUGAAGUGGACAAGAAGCGGUUCAGCUUUGUGUUCAAGUCCGUGUUCAACACCUCCCUGCUCUUCCUGCACUGCGAGCUGACGCUGUGCUCUAGGAAGAAGGGCUCCCAGAAGCUGCCAAAGUGUGUGACUCCUGACGACGCCUGCACCUCUCUAGAUGCCACCAUGAUCUGGACCAUGAUGCAGAAUAAGAAGACAUUCACCAAGCCCCUGGCCGUGGUCCUCCAAGUAGAUUAUAAAGAAAAUGUUCCAAACAUGAAGGAGUCCAGUCCGGUUCCUCCUCCUCCACAGAUUUUCCACGGCCUGGACACGCUCACCGUGAUGGGCAUUGCGUUUGCAGCAUUUGUGAUCGGAGCACUCCUGACGGGGGCCUUGUGGUAUAUCUACUCCCACACAGGGGAGACGGCACGAAGGCAGCAAGUCCCUACCUCGCCACCAGCCUCGGAGAACAGCAGCGCAGCCCACAGCAUAGGGAGCACUCAGAGCACUCCCUGCUCUAGCAGCAGCACGGCCUAGGUGGACAGAUGGACGCCGCUGCCUAGGUGGACAGACGGAUGCCUGCCACCGCCGGGGCAGGGCCAGAUGCCGAUGCUGGGUGUCCAGACUCAGAAGGCUUGAUCUGGGUUCCCUGUAAAGAGAGAGUGAAUUUCAGUAUACAGACAGCCUGCUCUACCCACCCCUUCCUUACCACGGCCCACGUAAAUGUGACCCUGGACAUCUGUCACACGAAAGCUAAGCUGGUGGCCUUCCCCGCCAGCCCCUCGCAGGAUGGGGGUUUCAAUGUGAAACAUAUGCCAGUUUUUGUUCUUUUUUUUUUUUUUUAUGCUGCUUUGUCCAGGUGUCCAAACAUCCAUCAUUUGGGGUCGUAUGUUUUAAAGAGUAAAGGAGACGGUGAAGGGAUGUCAGCUAGAGUGUAGAGCCAGGGAGAGACAGCCAGGGAUUCUCGCCUAGCUGAACCAAGAUGUAAAAUAGGAGAAAUGCUCCCUCCAUAGCCAAUCUGCAUCUCGCUCUGGAUGCCCACUCCUGACCUGCCACGCCCUACAUGGUCCCCUGUGUAGCUUGCUAGCCUUGGGGGCCUGUCACUUGCCAAAGUAACAUUCCUCUCUUGGGCCAAAAUGAAUGCUGACUCCUGAUACUCCGCACAAGCACACCAACUCCAAAAGUGCCUUAAAGCCAGGUUUGUGUCUCCUUUCAGGAGAGAGCGUGUAACGUCAGAUUUGUGCCUGUCUCGAACAUUCUGUCCUAAUCAUACUUAAACAUCAGGCAGGUGGGGUUCAGUGGUAAGCGAAGGGAUUAUUAGCAAGGUAAUGCCUGUGUAUGGUCAUAUAGGCACAAAUGCAGAACACCCAGCACAUUGGAGAGACGACCACUUCCUCCUUUAAAAUGUCCUAUGCUUCCAGAGUCGGAACCUGAGUUAUAUGUGGUAGAUUAUAUUGACUCCAACCAUCAGCCUUUCUGAUGAGCCUGUAGAGAAGCCUAGAGAGCCCCGGGCCAUCUGAUGAUGUCACCAGUGCUGCCUCAGAUGAUACAGAGACAGGGAGUUUCAGGUGAACUUCUUCAGCAGAAUAAGGUGAUGCCACUCUGACCUUUGCUGAGCUCAGUGACUCUUCAGUGUUAAAACUGAACCCCAGAGGGGAUUCUCCAUGCCAGAUCCGCUGCAAAUUAAAUAAUACCAAUUUUCUAGAGUCCCUCCCUCCUCCCCCCUCCCCUGCCAACCAACUUAAGAUUCCAUAAGUAGAACAAGCUAGAUCCUAACCUGAAAUAGCCAUGAGCAAAGCCCACUGCCUUUACAGUCAGGCAGUUGUGCCCAGACCUUCAUGAAUGAAAACGUCAACGUUGAAGCGUUGCUGAUGGAAGCAGCGUGUGAAGGGAUACGGACAAUCUCUCAGUCGAUGAGCCCUCGUCUGACUGACCAGAGUGGCCCAGCUUCUAUUCAAUUGGGAAAAUUUGAACCAAAGCAGAUUUCUUCAGGGCUGAGGGUCUCCAACCGAUGCAUAGAUACAUUGAAAUACUUUAGAUUUCCCACAUGGAUGGUUUGAGACUAGAGAAAUACUUUUCUCUAGUUCGUUGGUUUUUAACAUGAAGGUGUCUUUGGGGAGGACCUGGAUCAUGCUACCUGUGUUUAAAAAUAAUGCGCUUUGCCUAACCUUCAGCCGAAUGUAACUGAUAAGUAUAUUCUAUGUAUAAAAAAAUGUUUAAAGAUGUCUUCAAGGAAGACUAGAGUCUUUAAAUCACUUAUAGCUAUAUUUUACUACAAAAAUUCUGUAUAAAGAUAUAUUUAAAUAUUUUAGAGAAAUUUAAGUUACUCCUUAUGAAAUGUUUAAUUUCAGUUACUGUGAAUUCUUCUAAUCAGUUCGUUCUUUGAUUUUAAAAAGAAAAACCUUUUCCAUCAUAUUAAAGAGAAAAUUAGCUAUGGGAAGAUAUUAAAAGAUUUCUUAGAUGGAUGUGGUUAAAAUUUUUGUAAUAUAUUUAAAUGUAUAUUUUUGAGAGAGAUACUACAUUGCCAAGGACUUUAUAAAUAAUCUUAAAUUAACUUACAAAUUUAUAAGAUGCAAACCAAAAGACUUUUUUUUUUUUAAAGAGAGAGAGAAAAGAGAAAAAAGCUUUUAUUUCCUUGGAUCUCAUUAUCAGAAAUAUUAUUCAGCUCAAGAAAUCUGACCCCAUAUUGGAAAAUGAAUGUCCUUUAGUAUUCCUGAAGCUAAAGCUUGGGUGUCUCCUCCCAGCUCUUGUUACAGUGUUUCUGACUGCUUCACCCUUCACAGAUUUAAUACAAUGUAUAAGCCUUACUUUCAUAACAUAUUCUACAAGUUUCCUUAAGACUGUUGUUAUAGUCUGGCUGAACCCAUUUCCACCUGCAAAGUCUUGUGUUGUGUCUGCAGGCCACACCAGUGGCCACAGGGGCCAUUUUGUCUUGUUGAUGCUGAAACCAUGCUGGACUGCCCCAGGCUAAGGCAGGACUGUCUGUGCAAGGCACUACAGCUAUUCACGUGGAGUUACCGCUGCAUUUUCAAAGGUCGGAGAUCUUUCUUCUGCCUGAGUUGGUCAUGUAGCAAUUUUUUCCUAAACACAAAAUGGCCUUUUGCUUGUCUGGUAAUGAGAUUGUAAAUCCAUUUCCUGCGUGUGUUCUCCGCAGGCUUGCCUGAGUGUGUGGGGUGCGCAGGCGCGUGCCUGUCUUUUUGUACUGUAACUACCUCAUGGUUUGAAUGAUGAGCGUACUGCUGGUUGUAUUAACAGAGCACAUUUGUCGGGUGAGUCGUGUAUACAAACUUUUUUUUUUUAUCCUGUUUGUUUUAUCUGGGGGUUCGUUCAUUAAACUGACAGAUAUUUUUCUAGGAAGGACUAUUAUCAGUUUCCAAAUGCAAUACUCUAUUCUGGUUUUUCCUGAGUGAGCCUGAUUUUGUUCCUGUUUUUCAUCUACGAGGGUAAAAGCAUACCCCGGGAAAUCCCUGUGGCCAGUUUGAACACCCCUGCUGUAACCUUCCCUCUGUUCCAUGGUCUUUGUGAACCUGCUUAGAGGUAUAGUUUUGAUAACCACAGUUUUAAUUCUUUUAUCUGUGCAUAAUAAAGAUAUGUAUCAAUUAUUAAUUU